AUGCAACCUGCCCUGUCCUCCGCUAGUCACCUCCUCCGCUGCAUCGCACUAUUUUCCGACACGCGCGGCCCACCUCUCCCCUGCAAGCCACCUCCCAUGCGCUUCCUCCUCUUCACCUCCAAAACGGCGCUCCCUCCUCUGCAAACCCCCUCCCUCAGCCACAGCGACCGCUUCCCCAGCCGCUCCAACUGCAGCCUACCCACGAACCAAAGUGUCAUCGCCGCACCAAAAACGAGCAGCGGAAUGCACCAAACACAACCACGCCCUUCUCCUCUUCUUGCAAGCCUUCAUUCACGACCCGUCAAACCACCACACACAACCCACCUCGGUUUGGAGGAGGCAGCAGCAUGA